AUGCUGAGGUGGCUUCGUGGCCUCCCCCACGACGUAAUCCACAGAAAGGGCAGCAGCAGCAGCACAGGCAGGAGGACCUCCUCCUCCACCUCCUGGAGGAACACGAGCUUCACCGCUCGCAUCAUCCGCUGCGCCUCCACCAUCGUCCACGCUCAACGACAUGAUGAUGAUGAUGAUGAUACACAAGCCCAGGAGGAUGACGACGCCUCCUCCUCCUCGCCGGAGACUCCUAAAGAUCGCUACAGUGACCACAUCGUUGUCUCGGCGCGGGCCUUUUCCUUCCACGACCUGGACGCCGCCACGGGCAACUUUAGCCAGGACAACCUCCUCGGCGAGGGCGGCUUCGGCCGCGUCUACAAGGCUCGCCUGCAACUCAUCCCGCAGGAGGUGGCCGUCAAGCAGCUGAACCGGAGCGGCACGCAGGGCAACCGCGAGUUCGUCGUGGAGGUGCUCAUGCUCAGCCUCCUGCACCACCCCAACCUCGUCAGGCUCGUCGGCUACUGCGCCGACGGCGACCAGCGCAUGCUCGUCUACCCGUUCAUGCCUCUCGGCUCCCUCGAAGACCACCUUCUGCUUCGCCAGCGACAGGAGGAUGACGACCAGCAGAUCAAGAACAAGAAAGCUCCUCUGUCGUGGCGCACGAGGAUGAAGAUCGCGCACGGCGCCGCGCGGGGCCUCGAGUACCUGCACGAUAGGGAUGUCAUCUACCGCGACCUCAAGUCCUCCAACAUCCUCCUCGAUGACGACUACAACCCCAGGCUCUCCGACUUUGGCCUCGCCAGGCUCCUCCCCGCCCCGCGCACCGACUCGUCGUCGUCAUCCUCCUCCUCCUCCUCCUCCUCCUCGUCGCGGGUGAUGGGCACGUACGGGUACUGCGCGCCGGAGUACCUGCGGACGGGGCAGCUCAGCGCCAAGUCGGACGUGUACAGCUUCGGGGUGCUGCUGCUGGAGCUCAUCACGGGCCGGCGAGCCAUCGACACCAGCCGGCCGGAUGGCGAGCAGAGCCUCGUGGCAUGGGCGGUGCCAAUGUUCGGCGACCCCAAGAGGUUCCAUGAGCUUGUGGACCCUCGGUUGGUGAUGGCGAUGCAGGGACCCGCGGCGGCGGAGCUGAACCAGGCGCUAGGCGUGGCGGGCAUGUGCCUGCAGGAACACCACGCCCUGCGCCCCGCCAUGACCGACGUCGUCAUGGCCCUCUCCUUCCUCGCCAUCGAGAAACAUGAUAUACCAAAUACAAUAUACAAUACUGUAUUUGAUAUUUGA